CGAUUUUGUUGGCCGUUAGAUGGCGCUGGUGUAGGCAAGGGGGUAUUGAUCCGCAUCCCGUAAGACAAGAAGGUCUGUGACUUUGAUGAAAAGAUGAGAACAACAAAAAGGAAGAAGAAGAAGAAGAAAAAAAAAAUGUUUAUUUGGGACAAAAGACUGAAAAAAAAAAGAGGCAACCAUUAAACAAGAGGACAUUGUGAUUGCCCGCGCUAACGGAACUUGCAUUCGUCGUAGUGAGAGCGUUUGACCUUAGACCUUGUUAGCUACACUGAGCAUUUGAUACGGAAGAAAAAAAAGGAAGAGAAAUGUGUAAAACUGUCGUUGAAGUAGAAGAGGACAGAGAAAUAAAAAUAAAAUUGAGGGAUGUUGUUUCUCCGGCGUCCGCGCUGGCGCGCAGGAAAGAUCCGUUCAGUUGCGUGCGGUUCGGCAUCGGAGACGGAUCUUGUGCUAGUCGAUGGGCAAGUUAAGGGAGUGAUGCAAAAGUAUACGAGAUCGAGCCGGUCGACGACCAGAGGAUCGUCCAUUGAGUCGACGGAAGAAUCGGCCGCCGACAUUCGUCCGUCUUCCACUGCUGCCCGUCAGGCAGUGGUAGCGAUACCGGAGCCCAUCCGACGAUGGCAUUCGUUCCAUUCUCGUCGCAGCUCAUUUGGCCACUCGGCUGCUCCUCAUCUUCCCGUUGUUGUCACUGGAUCUGGUGCUGCUGCUCCUAUUGUUGCAUCGACAGCAACAGCGCCACCUCCUGCAACCAAACCGGCCGCUCGAUUUCUUUCACCGCCACCGUUGACUCCUCGUAGACGCUUUUCCGUCUGUUUUGGUAAGCGGAGUGGCGUCAGCAUCCGCCGACCGAACGAAUGCCUCAUCCUGGAGCCGUCGGAAAUGCUCGUCGUGGAUUAUUCUGACGUUCCUCAACGGACGCAAAGAUCAGCUUCAACCAGUUCGGCCACGGCAUCUUAUCCGUCAGCUCACCUCCACCAUCUUGAUCGCAACAACAGGAUGGACAAUGACCAGUAUCGGGUCGGAGAUAUGCAACAUCAUCCUCUGAUGAACCACCAUCAUCAUCGGGACCCUGGAACUGUUCACGUCGUCGGUGGAGGAAUGGGCACCCAAUCACACCGGAGUUCGAGGGGCUCCGACACCAGUUCCGCAUAUUCCGGUUCGGAUACGAUGCAUUCCUCUGUCCCGAGUUCCGAUCAGGAUGCCGAGGGUGUUGGAGUCGACGGAGUUGAUCACGACGGAGACGAAGUUGAUCUUACCGGCUUGAUGGAAUCGAUAGUCGACAGCGACGAGGAGGAAGAUCUGGCCGAGAGCAUCGACAGUUUGACUGUGCGGGACAAGGUUCGUGAAUGUUUAGAAAAAGACCCAUCCGAUCGAACAGAUGACGAUAUUGAAAUCUUGCUCGAAUUCACGCAACACCUCAUGGCAUUUGCCAAUAUGACGCUGUCCGUUAGGCGAGCGCUCUGCCGUGUCAUGGUAUUUGCCGUCGUCGAGAAGGCUGGCACCGUUGUCAUGAACGACGGCGAAGAACUCGAUUCAUGGUCCGUCAUCAUUAACGGUCACGUCGAAAUCGAUGGCGGAGCCUCCGGCGAACCUGGACGGGCGUUACAUCUUGGCGACAGUUUCGGGAUAACGCCGACCAUGGAUAAAUUGUAUCACCGGGGCGUAAUGCGGACGAAAUGCGAUGACUGUCAAUUUGUUUGCAUCACCCAAACCGAUUACUUUAGCAUCUUGCACAAAGGAGAAGAGAACACGCGCAGGCACGAGGAAAACGGACGUGUUGUCUUGGUGACGGAACAGCGAGCCCAAAUUGGCGCAGCAUCGUCGUCCCAACGCUCUCACAUCGUCAUCAAGGGUACGGUGGAGCGUUUAAUGUCCCACUUGUUGGAAGACUCUUCCGGCGAUCCCAGUUACGUCGAAGAUUUCCUUUUAACUCAUCGCAUAUUUAUCGACAGUCCGCUGAUUGUCUGCAGCCAGCUGCUUGAAUGUUUCAACGAUCCGACCGUACGAGAUAAAGUGACGCGAGUCGUUCUCCUCUGGGUUAACAACCACUUUACCGACUUUGAAACCGACCCGUGCAUGAUGGAGUUUCUAGAGACAUUUGAAUGUUUGCUGGAACAGUCGAAGAUGCAAAGCCAUUUGAGGAUGCUGGAUUUUGCCAGCGCGGCCAAAGCUCGAUCGCGGACGGUGACGUUGACUCGGCCGAGUCGUGACGAAAUCCUUCAUUUCAGUAUCCUCGGUGGAUUCGAACGAGGUUUCGGCAUUUUCGUAGCCAAAGUCGAAAAGGGUUCCAAAGCCGAAGAAGUUGGUCUCAAACGAGGCGAUCAGAUCCUCGAAGUGAACGGACAGAGCUUCGAACACGUCAGUCACGUACGUGCUUUAGAGAUUCUCCGGGCUUCCACUCAUCUCUCCAUCACUGUUCGAUCCAAUCUUCAUGCUUUUAAAGAAAUGUUAAACACGCCUGACAAUUCUCCGCGACCUCGUGGCAAGAAACUCGAAUCGAAAUCGUCUUCCAGCAACAAAAUGCUGGGCGGAUCGUCUUCCGAUGUUCACUCCGACAGUGGCUCGGCGGGCAACUCGUGCCCAUCGCCUUGUAAAGACAAGACGGCCCUAAUUGGUUCCAAGAGCGCUGCAGGCGGCGGCGGUUUCAUGACACUCGGCCACAAAACGAAAUUGAAGCAAAUUUGGGGCAAGGUCAAUCAGAUGGCUAGAGGCAAACCAGGAGAAACGGCCGGCGAGGAAGUCAUGUACGGUUCCACCACUGGCUCGGCGGAUUCGGGCGCCGCACAAUCUGGCGCUGUCGGCUCGGCCUUGACGGGCAACAGCGCCAAUCAGAUGUACAUGAGUCACAGCAAUCCGGAUUUGACUAGCAUUUGUUACGAUGAUCCGCGUGCCGAUUAUCCCGAACACGCUCUCAAAGUCUUCAAAGCCGACCAGUCGUCCAAGUACCUGCUAAUCCACAAAGAAACAACUGCCAGAGAAGUAGUGAUGCUCUCGCUGCAAGAAUUCCAAAUUACAGAUCCGUCGUCCAACUACAGCCUUUGCGAGGUGACAGUGACGGACAGUGGCAUCAUCAAGCAGCGCCGAUUGCCCGACCAGUUGCAAAAUUUAGCUGAGCGGAUCGGUGUUGCCAGCCGCUAUUACCUCAAGAACAAUCACAGCACUGAAACGUUGGUGCCGGACGAAUUGGCCGGCGAGCUGAUGCUGCAAUCUCAAGUCCAAUUCCUCCACCUGAACGCGGUCGAAGUGGCCGUCCAGCUCACGUUACAAGAUUUCGCUAUUUUCACUCAGAUCGAAAGCACAGAGUACGUCGACGACCUCUUUCAGCUGCGCAGCAAAUACGGAACUCCUCAUUUAUCGCAAUUCAGCGAGUUGGUCAACCGCGAAAUGUUUUGGGUUGUGACGGAAAUUUGUGCCGAACAUAAUCUCAUGAGACGAAUGCGUGCUAUUAAGCAGUUCAUCAAAGUGGCUCGUCAAUGUAAAGAGUGCAAGAAUUUCAAUUCAAUGUUCAACAUCAUCUCCGGGCUGGGCCACGGAGCCGUUUCCAGGUUGAAACAGACGUGGGAGAAAUUACCGGGCAAAUAUCAACGUCUGUUCCGCGACAUGCAGGACCUGAUGGACCCAUCUCGUAACAUGUCCAAAUACAGAAAUCUCAUCAACAGCGAGCACGUCCAGCCGCCCAUGAUUCCUUUUUUUCCUGUGGUCAAGAAAGAUCUGACAUUCAUUCAUUUGGGCAACGACACCCGCGUGGACGGGCUGAUCAAUUUUGAGAAACUGCGCAUGAUCGCCAAAGAGGUGCGCUCCCUUUCGCACAUGUGCUCGGCGCCCUACGAUUUGUUCACGAUGCUCCAAUUGGGCGGCCAACCGCCUUCAGCCGCCAUGAUGGCCAUGAAUCAGUUAACAACCGGAUCGGGAAUGGCCGGCGGCGCCGUUCAUCAUGACCGCCACCACCUCUCCUCUGCCACGGUCAAAAGACGGAAGAAGUCGGCGGCCAUGCCGAAUUCGAAAAAAAUGUUUGAAGAGGCACAGAUGGUCCGCCGUGUUAAGGCUUACCUCGGCAACAUGAAGGUCAUAACGGACGAAGAACAACUGCGACACAUGUCGGUCGAAGUGGAACCACCUGCCGGAGGCAAUCAGUUGACGGCCACCAGUUCCAGUUCGGGCAGUUCUGCUGGCUCUGGCGGUGGUGGAGGAUCUGAAAGUCGGGCAACUGGGGCGUUGGUCCUCAGCGCAGUUAAUCAUCAUGUCCGUAAACGCCAUCCGAGUCCCACGCUGUCGACAACCAGCACAGCCAGUUCCACUAGCGCAACCAGCGAAAGCCGGAGGGGUCAACAGGGACCCAAAUUCGGAGCGGCCAGUCCACAGUCAGUGCGCAAAAUGCUAGCGCUGAGCGAGCCCAGCAAAACGAGACCUUACCAAGCGCCGAAUCGACCCAUGGGCGGAUGCUCCGUUUCCAUGGCUCUACCUCUUCCAGGCUCAGGAUUACUCCAGCAACAUUCACCUUCCCCAUCGCCAGGAUUGAAUCGGAGAGUCCCUGGAGUGCCUCCCCAACCACCGCCCCUCAGGACUGGCCCGCACGAGCGCGCCCAUGAACGUUCGCACUCGGACGCGGCUCUGCCGGUCGAUUUGAAUGCCGAGAGCAGUAGCGUCACUAGUUUGGCUAAUUUAGCUGCCAUGCGCAAGUCCCACAUGUCUGGCUCUGCGACGUCGAGCGAUAGCGGCGGCGGAGGAAGCGGCACGAGUGGAGCCGGAAGCGGAUCAUUGCAUCAGCCUUUAGGACUGGGAUUGACGCUCGGUAUCGGAUUGGGCAUCGGCCUCGGCUCUGAUGGCAUCGACGCCGGUUAUUGCAACCAAUUCAACUCGCAUUCCAACAACUCAGCGGAAGGCGUUUCCGGAGGGGGUCACACGCAUUUGCUUCAUCAUCCGUCUGGCCACGCUGGAACGACCGAGUCACCGCCUGUCGCUCCGCGAACAAGGGUACCUCUAUACCCGCAUGGAACCCAAGCCAAGGUUGUGGCUCCUUCUUUUAACAUUCCGACGGUAGUAGUUCAAGACGUAGCAAACAGCCAGCCGGCUAGGGCCAGCUACAUGAAAACCACUAAUCGGGUUUUGCCUGCUCUUCCUCUCCAACCGGUUGUUUUAAAAAGGAGAGCCCCCAUCAUCCCACGAGAACUUCCACCGAGAGCCCGGCGACCCCCGGACUACAAUGUAGCGGCCCAGAUGGCCCGAAUGGCCCGACUGAGUCGGGCCCAUUCGCACGAAGGAGUCACGGCCGGCUACUACAGUUCUGAUCCGGAAGAAGAAGACGGUACGUCUUAAUUGCUUCCGCAUCCGGUUUCAGAUGCGACGACGACGAAGCUCAAGUGUCAGCUGUUUAGCGGAGAACGUGCAGCACCUGACGGUAAACAGCUUGAGGCCAAAGACUAGCAGCAGCAUGAAACAAAACAGAAACUCGUGUGUUAAUUUCCCGAAAAAAUUAUUCCUUUUUUUUAAGGACAGAGAUAUCAGUUUACGUAUAGCCUGCUUUAAUUAUAUAUAUAUAAACCCUCUGACCUAUCGAUACCACUAUUAUACAUUCUGAACACAACAUCCCACAGCCUUUUUUGUAUAGGUGUACAGUGUCGUUUGUAGCUCCCCUUUCCUCUCGCCCACCUGUACCUGUAAAUAAGAUCAACAAUUUUACAGCAACAAACAAAAACUUUUUGUUCUCGCUUUUAACCAACCUCCUGUGUGCAUACAUAAUAGUAAUCUUCUCAUACUCAAAAAUAGCGAUCCUUUAUUAUUAUCAUUUUUUUAACAUCAGUUGAAAGAAUAUCCAUCCCGCCAUUUCCCCGUUCCGUUCCACACCCAUCGGCUUCUGUGUGGGCCCUUUUUGGUGGCCCCUUUCAUUGUCUUAUUAUAUUCUCUAAAUUCCUACACAGCAUAUCUACACACGCAAUCAAUACGUUUUCAAGUAUACAUAAUAUCCCCGUUCCUGACCGUGCAUUCAGUGUUAUGCAUUGCGCAAUUUCUGAUUCCAACGUCUUUUGUUUGGAGAGAAGAAAUUCCAUAAGUGGUUAUAUGCAUUUUAUCAUUGUAUACUCCUCCCUUUCAAAUACAAAUUGUUUCUCACCA